AUGAGUUGGCUUUCCGGAACAGUAUUAUCGGUAUGUGCAUGUGCAUCACUCUCCACUCCGUUGCCUCCGGCUCGCACUUUCGAACUCAAUUCCAAUUCCGAUUCGAUUUCAUUUUCAUGGCUUUCUUCAUUUCCAACGUUAUCUUGCUCGGCUAAAAACCCUCCCAAACCCUCACGCUCCCAGGAUUCUUUCAUUCAAGCUGCCUUCACCCGAAGAUCUCGUGGAGAAGCUGCAAAGAAACCUAACAGGAAAUCAUGGAAGCAGAGGACAGAUAUGUACAUGAGACCAUUUUUAUUAAAUGUUUUCUUCUCAAAAAGAUUUAUUCAUGCAAAAGUGGUACACCGUGGAACAAGCAAAGUCAUAUGUGUCGCUACCACAAACGCCAAGGAUCUGCGAAAUUCCCUUCCAUCUUUGAUAGAUCAUAACGCUUGUAGAGUAGUUGGAAGGCUUCUUGCUCAGCGAUCAAUGGAAGCUGAUGUGUACGCAGUGGCCUAUGAACCCAGAAAGGAUGAGAGGAUUGAAGGUAGACUAGGGAUCGUUCUUGAUACUCUUAAGGAAAAUGGGAUUAUUUUUGUUUGA